AUGCCUUCCAUAAGAGAUGAGAUUUCCUUCGAGAAGCGCACUGCGGAGGCGCACCGCAUUCGGGCCAAAUACCCAAACCGAAUUCCCGUCAUUUGCGAGAAGGCCCCUCGCUCGGACCUCCCCGUCAUUGAAAAGAAAAAGUUUUUGGUGCCGAUGAACAUGUUGGUGGGCGAGUUCAAGUACAUAAUCCACAAACACAUAAACCAGUGCGCCUCCGCGCAAGGCUCUCCUUUGACUCACGAAAAAACAAUUUAUUUAUUUGUGGAGAACACCGCGCCGAAGGCGGGGGCGUUGAUUCAGGAGGUGUACGAACAGCACGUGGCGGACGACGGCUUUUUGUACGUGGAGUACUCUGCGGAAAACACUCUCGGAUAA